UUCUAUUAGAAUGGAUUUUUGUUUAUCUAUCUGUCUAAUAACUUUAAAAUUUGAUUAUUUUUAAUAUUAUUCAUGGUAAAAUGUUAUACAAUCUGUGGUUUGUAUAAGCAAACAGUAUUGUAAGGUAUGUCAAAAAACUGUUUCGUUAUGGUGUUGUCGGAAAGCGAUCUAAAAAGAAAUGAUGGUGAACAAAUUGUUAAUGAUACAUUCUAUUGCCCUGUCUUGGGUUGUAAAUAUAACUUGCAUUUUGGCCAAUCUAUGAAAUCUUUUAAAACUCAAAAACUUCUCAAACAACACUGUAUCAAAGUGCAUUCUGAUAAAAAAUACAAAUGUGAUAAUUGUGAAAAAGGUUUUCCUUUAGAAUCAACAUUAAAGUCUCAUCGUAUAACAUGUGGAGUAAUAUAUUCUUGUUAUUGUGGGGUUCAAUACAAAUCUCCAGAAGCAUUUCUUACUCAUACAAAACGAAAACAACAUAACAUUGGAUUAGGAUAUUCAACUAUUAUGAAAUUUUUGAAGACAAGAAAAUUAUUGCCAAACACAGAAGAUUUACAAGAAUUAGAAUCUAGUAAAAGAUCUACUCAGACUCAGACUGUUACUGAUAUUCAAACUCUAUCAGAUUCAUCAACUCAGACUACAUUUGAAAAUAAGGAUUGCAUGUUAAGAUACAAUGAUCCAAAACUCUCUUCUGCUACUUCUAGUCCUAUAAGACGGUUAUGUGCGCAGACUCAAACUGAUCCUAUGGGUGAUUCUAUUAAAAAUGAUCCAGAUCCAAUGUUUUUAGAUUCAGAAACACAAACCAAUUUUGAAUUUUUAGACAUCUAUACUCAAACUGCUGAGUCUGAAUGCUUAUUUGGUGAUUUAGAAUUUACAAAUAUUCAAACACAGACACCUUGUAGUUCUUUAUUUCACGAUGAUUUCGUUGGCACGAGAAAUGAUAAUUCUAUACACACAAAUGUGAUAUGAUUUAAUUAAAAUCAGAAAUCAAAUUUUUGUGGGUAACAUACCAAAUAGGUUUUAAGUUUUAAAUUUAAUUGAAUUUUCUUAUAGACAGUGUAUAAACCAUUGCUUGAUUAGUGCAAUAAUUAGUCAUUUUAUUUUUGAUAAUAACCUAACCUAACCUAUAGUUUUGUAGUUUUGAAAUUUCUAGUAUGUUAAUUGCAUAUUAUAUAAAUGCAUAUGUGUGAGCAGACAUUAUUAAAAAAAUGCAAGUUAAAUGCAUUCUUCUCUUGUCAUUUGCUUACCUCUCUAAAGUAAUCAUAUAUAUUUAUACAAUUUUUUUAUUUUCUAAUGAUUAUUUUGAGGUUUUAAUAUUACUGGUACUUUGUUGUCAUUUAUAUUGACACAUAUUACAUAUGAUUAUUAAGCUGC